CCACUCUUCCGUGUUGUCGUCUCUAUAGCAACCAACUAGCUCGUAACCCGGGGCAGACGAGAGCUUGGCAAUAAGGCAAAUACCGCAGCUCAACUGUGAGGUGAAGUGACGCUUGAGCAAAUCCAACAUGAACACCAUCUUCUCAAGAGACAGACAGAUAAAGAGCAUGGAGCUGACAGUGGGCCAUGCUGAGAAGUACCUGGGUCAGUUCUGCAGCCUGCUGGCCUCUUACACCAGGAAGACAGGCAAGCUGAGGGACCAGGCUGACAUGCUGGUCAGACAGCUCAAUGACUUCUCGAAUACUGAGGACCCAGAGCUCCGUACCUGUCUGAAGAAUCUGGCUGAAGACCUGGCCAUGGUGCAGGACUACCGCCAGGCUGAGAUAGAGAGGCUGGAGACCAAAGUCGUCACUCCCCUCAAAGCCUACGGUGAUAUUGUUGAAAACAAGAGAGCGGAUCUGAAGAGGUUCAAUGCUGAUCGGGACAGAGCGCUGAAAGAGCUGCAGAAACUGGAGAAACUCCAGCAGAAGGAUCCCUCCAAUAGACAAAGAAUUGUAUCCUUUCUCCCAGUCUAUUUACAUCUGCAUAUAACUCUAUAAGAGUGGCAGAAUUCCAGCAUGAUUAUAGUAUUUACAUCAACAAUCCUUAUGUCAAGACACAGUAUUGAAAAAUAUGACGUAUUGCCUGUGACAAACAAUUGUUUGUCAGUCAUAUUUACUCUAUGAGUGGUGCUUUGAGUGACAGGUUCAGAUGAGCUAACCUGGUCUCUGAGAUGUUUUAGAAAUGUAGAUGUUCUGUUCUAGUCAUGCUUCAAUACCUUAUCCAAUGUUUUCAGUCACAGGUAACAUGAUUUCUCUGGAACCUCCCCCUGUCACAUCAACAACACCUUCAACACUGCAACGAUGCAGAUAUCUGACCAUUGAUGAGAUCUUGCUAUGUGGUUCCAGAAGUUUUGGUGGCUGUCAUAAAAAAUAAUUUCUCUUUCAAGUUUCGAGUACAGUUGUAGUAUUCCUUUGCUGUUUCAUUUUCAGGCAGAGGUGAAUGCUCAGAAGGCGACCAAUGAUGCUCACCGCAGCACCAGACAACUGGAGGAGACAAUCAGUGACUUCCAGAGACAGAAACUGGAGGACAUCAAGAGGAUCUUCACAGACUUCAUCACAGUGGAGAUGGUGUUCCAUGCCAAGGCUCUUGAGGUCUACACACACACCUUCCAGAACCUGGACAGCAUGGACAUAGACAAAGACCUGGAGCUGUUCACUGGGAGGAUCAGGGUGUCUGACAGCCCUCUGGACAACCAGAGCCUGCUGCCCUCCUCUAUGGCCCACCAGCCGAGUCCCACCCUGGGCUCCAGCCUCAAACACACUGCUGAAUCAGCCAAGAAGACCCGUAGCAGCAUCCUACAGCGCCAGAGGGGUGUAGAGGAGGAGGAGGAGGAUGAAGAGGAGGAGUAUGAGUCAGAGAUAGAGGCUCAGCAGAGCAGGCAAUCCUACGCCUCUCAAUACACCCAAAUACUCAGACAGAAGAACUGAUAGAAUGGAGGUAAACACACAAAUGCACCCAAAAAGACACACACACACACAAACAGAGAGAAAGACACUGCGUCUCUUCACACACAUGUACACACACAUUCAGAUAUCCGUAUAGAUCUGCUGACAGAUGAGAAUAUGUAGUCAGUGUCUGUUGUCAGGUAAAGUCAAUACUCAGGGUAUGUACCGUACUGCAAUAGAUCUGUUGAUGACUGUGCAGAUGUGUUCCUGUACAGGGUUUGCUGUAAGUUGUUCUGCAAAUAAUGCUUUGUCAAUGGAGGCAUUUAAGACAGACUGCAAUCAUUUGUAAUCAGCCAUAUCUGAGGUAAAGCUGAGGAGUGAUAAUGUGUUCACAUUUUAUCAUGAAAAACAAAUCAAUGUUCUGUAAUGGUUGUUAUUUAGAAUGGGAAAGUGAAGAAUACAUUAUACCACUAGAUGUAAAUGUAAACAUAUCAAAUAAAUUGACCCAUUUGCAUUAAACCUGAA